AUGGCAAAUAUGGAGGAGGGACAGGCCCUGCAUGGGGGCAAGUCCAACGGUCCCGGCUUGCAGUCAGGCCCGACCCCAGCCAUUGCCCCAGAGAAGGCUCAGGAAUUGCAGCGCCUCGCGCGCGAGGCAGGAGACGUGGACGCCGCCAAGAGGUACGGAGCGCUCGCGCGUUUCGACCGUGCGGAGCGCAAGCAGGAGCAACUCGCGAAAAUACGCAAUGCAGAAGACGAGACAUUUGGCAAAUUGGGAGAAGCAGCGGCCCAAUCCACAUCAACGAUCAAGCGGACCAGCAGGGACCUCCAGGAGGCAGACAUAGAGGUCAGGGAGCCCCUCCAAGCUAUGCGGCAGCAGCAUGGAGCACGCGGCGACACCAAAACCAUCCCGCAGAUCAGCCCGCGGCAGUUGGUGGAGGGCUGGGCGGCCUUGGCUGCGAUUUUUACGUGUUUUCAAAUCAUUGGUAUGGAAGCCGUCAAACAGUGUUACGACAAGGACGAGACGGGCUUCCAGGAAUCGGAGAGACGGGGGACUGAAGCAGCCAAGCCGUUUCAAGAGAUGCUCCAUGAUCUUAGGGGCAUCAGGGAGCAACUCGGUCACGUGACGGGCAGAAAAAGACAAGCCAACACUGAGUCACAAGGUGCCAAGGUGGUCCCAGCAGCACAGCCAGCGACGUCGCCAGCGAAACCUGCUCAUGAUAUCGGGGCUCGCGUGGCAGCUGAUGAGGCACGCAGUUUCGAGGCGUUGAAGGCAGCGGGUGGGAACGCGAUCGACAUCGACGACGUGUGCGUUGCACACCCCGUCCGAGUCAUGGGCGCGCCGCUGCAAUCGACGCAUUGCGAUUUCAAUAAGUGGUGCAUCGCCUACUCGCAUCUUGGCUUGCCGGCGCGCGCCGAAGCCAAAGGUGCGAAGAACCGCAGGGCAAAGCUCUGCCCCUGGCAGCAGCUGGGCAGCCUGGCGGACGCAGCAGAUGGGAGUUCUCAAGAGGCCUCGAGGGCGGUUGCGAGUUGCGUCGUCGAAGAGUUCGCAGCGCGGGCACGCGGUGCCAGCGAGCUCGGGGGCCUUCGCAAGCAGGUCAGGCCGAAUGCGCUUAACGAAGCAGAAGGAUGGGAGCUCGAGCAGCCAGCCUCAGCGGGCCACGAAAUUCUCCAUGGCCAAUCGAGCUACGACUUGGAAGAAACGGUCGAGAAGCGCUCCAUGGAUUUCAACGGAUUGGCCAAGGGGAACCCCGCGGAGCUCGAGGCCAUGACCGUCGCCCAGUUGAAUGAGCUCCCGGCCAAUCGCAGCCUGGAAGAAAUUCCCCACCAGGGCGAGGGCGCCAGCGUGGCCAUGGCAGCGAUUGCGCGCCCGCCUUUCUCGCGCUCCGAGGAAAACGGCAAGGGACGCGCAGACGACGUCCGCAGUCGCGCCAUCGAGUUCUCGGCGGCCCUGAACGAGGGCCCGACAGACCUCGACCAUGAGCUUUCCCAUUGGUCUAGGCCGAUGUCCGCCAUCACCGUCGCCCUUCUGGACCUCCAGCGGACUCCCAGGAAGCCCCUGCACUGGGCGGGCCCUGAGGGAAACGACGAGUUGCUCAAGCGAGGCCAGCUCCAGAGUAUCGGGAGGGCUUUUGAAGAAUUUGACCAGCCCAAUGCGUCGACCGCGGUGGUCAACUCCGUCGGCGCCAGCCUGUGGCAGCAGGCAUCAGCAUUUGACAACGGAGCAGGGCUUGCACAGGCCGCGGACGCGAGAAUGUCCAAGGCGAGAAUGUCCAAGGUGCUCCUGGCAUUCCCCGACGCGCGCAGACGCUGCAAGGCAGAGGCCACGUCAUCAGCGGAUGCUCCAGAGACGCCGAACGUGUCCACCUGCACCUCCCGCACGGCCUGCGCUGGCGCGAGUGCCGUCGCGCUGGCGCGCAGCGGCUUGCGGCUGCCCUUGGCGGAUGCCCUCCAGCGGCUCCAGGGUGUGCCCCUGCGGCGCAGGCGGGAGGGCGCGCGGCCGCCUGAUGGGGAGGUGGUCGGUGACGCGGUGGCGGGCCCCAGGGAUAGUUGUAAGGCACCGGCGCGGUGCUCGCAGGCGCACCCUGGUGGUGACAGGCUGGCCCUGCUGCCCACGGGCAUGCUGUGGCGCUCGCAGGUGCCGUGCGACGUGUACGUCAGCUCGCCGGGCGGCGGCGCGGAGGCGCGGUUGGCCCCGCUGCGGGAGGCGGGGCGGCUACACCUGUCGUGGGAGGCGGUGGAUACCGUCACCAACUUCACGACGCUCUACGCGGCCCUGGUGGCCGCGAGCGUGUCGGAGGUGCUGCUGGUGACGUCGCCGUACCACAUGCCGCGCGCGCGGGCGCUCGCAGAGGACGCGCUGGGCCCCGCCGGCAUCGCGGUGUCGCCGCGGCCGGUGCCCGGGGGGCUGGAGGAGCCCGUGGAGCCCCGGUGGAAGACGUGGCGGGACCGGCUGCGGCUCUUGCUGUGGCGCUCGACGGGGCUGGACCUGCUCCCCCUGGCGCGCGCCGCGAGGCGGUGGGGCGCGCUCCGCCUGGCCCUGCUGGCGGGCGCCGCGGCGGCCGCGGCGGCGCUGCUGGCCCACGCGGCCGCGCGCGCGGCCGUGCGCUGGGCGCUGCCCCGCGCGGGGCGGCUGCGGAAGUGGGCCGCCGGCGCCCGCGGCAGAGCGGCCCCGAGUCAUUGUCCGAGUUCCGAAUUCAAGGCAGCCGAGACCGAGAUCGAGUCCUACAAGGUCGAGCUGCGCACCACGAUGCAGAAGGCGAACCCACAGGAUGUACCCCUGCAGGAGCUCAACCCCGACUCCCUCGCAGCCGCCCCGCAGGAGGUGCAGCAGGUCGUGGCGCUGUCCGUCUUCGUGCAGUACGAGGAGCUGCUGGCCAAGCAGACCAAGGCCUUCGACUGGGUGGUGAAGUGCGCGCCGUGA